AAAGGGCAAGGAUGCUACAGCCACGGUGUUGAACCCUCGUUUUUGGAGAGGUGUCUCCCUUUGUUUGAAGGUCUUUGAGCCCUUGGUGAAAGUUCUACGUUUGGUUGAUGGAGAUGUGAAGCCAUCUAUGGGUUAUGUGUACGGAGAACUUCUCAAGGCAAAGAGGGAGAUCAAGGAGGCAUUUGGAAAUGUGGAAAAUAAAUACAGAGAAGUGAUGGCUAUUGUUGACAAGAAGAUGAAAGAUAGACUUGAUUCUCCACUGCACGUGGCUGCAUAUAUGUUGAAUCCAUACUAUAGUUACAACAAUCCAGCAAUCUUCUCUGAUUCAAAUGUAGUGGAAAAAUUCAUGCAAUGUGUGGAGACCUUUUAUGAUGGUAAUGAUGAAAAGGAAUAUAGGGCUGUUAAUGAGGACUUGGAUAAGUUCCAAAAGAGACAAGGAUCCUUCUCAAAGAAGAUGGCAAGGAGCUGUGAACGCUUUGAGUUCCAACCGGCGUCUUGGUGGAGGCUUUAUGGAGGUGGAGCACCAGAUUUGCAAUACAUGGCUAUUAGAAUCCUCUCACUGACAUCUAGCUCUUCUGGAUGUGAAAGGAAUUGGAGCACCUUUGAACAGCAUCAUACAAAGAGAAGGAAUAGGCUUACAACAGAGCGUCUAAACUCUCUAGUAUUCAUCCAAUUCAAUAAUAAAUUGCUGUCCAAGAAGGAGAAGAUUGCCAGAAAGAGUAAUUAUGAAGUGCUCCUAAGUAGUGAUGCUUCUGAAGCUCAAGGGUUUUUCUUUGAGGGAGGAGAUGAUCAUGCAUUGGCUGUCUUUAGGGAUGAGGAAGAUGAAGGAGUAAUGCCGGGGACAGGGAUACCAUGGAGUGUCCUUGGAGAAGCAAUGGGAACUAAUGAACAACUUCAACCUCGCAGGAGUGCAAGAGUGGCUAGAGAGUUGUAUGAUGAAGAAGAGUGGGAAUCUGAAACUGAAGAUCCUAAUCAUCUAGAAGAUGACAUUGCCUAUGAGGAUGAUGAGGAGUGAGGAGAUUGCAUGAUGGCAGCAUGCUGCCAAGUUAUCUAAAUAUUAAUAUCUAGUUAUUUACUUAUCCAAAUGUGUGUGGACUGUGGACCAUAAAACCAUUAAUGUGUGUUGUAUUGUUAUUUAAUUUGUGGACCAUUAAGGCAUGUGAUGAACUGUGAGUGUUUUCUAUAUAUUUUCUUGUGAUCCUUUGACUUGUGAAUUGUGAUGUUGCCCUGUUGUUUGGAAGCUUGGCUGUGCAUGUACAAUAUUGAGCUGCCCCUCAUAGAUGAGUUUCUACUCUUUCCAAAGUAUCUGAUUGUAGAGUUUUUCAGAUUAUUAACUUGUCUCUCUUUGAUGAUCAGCUGCUGUUGGAUGCAACUUGCAAGAAGCCAAGGAGGAAAGCAACUUAUGUCAAAAAUAAAUAUGCAGAACAGCAAGAGGUAUGUUCACUAGUAUUACUACUUAGUUGUGUUAUUAUUACUUAGUACUUACUACUGAUCUUGCUCUCGGCAGCACAAAAA